AUGACCAUUUUCCACGGCAAAAACAAGAUAAGCUUCCACACUCUGAAGCAUGAUGAUGAUAAUAAUAAUAAAGAUCAUUGUAUCUCUGUCAUCGUGGAACUUGAUCAAGAAGAAACUGCACCCACUAGUACGUCUACUAACAUGUCCUCUAAAAAGAAGGAGCUUCUGUCCACUGCCAUGAAGAGAACCAGUGAAUGGAUUUUUUCCCAGGAAAUCCCCAGUGAUGUCACAGUUCAUGCUGGAAGAGCUUCCUUUUCAUUGCAUAAGUUUCCGUUAGUCUCGAAGUGCGGAACCAUUAGGAAAAUGGUGUCAGAAUCUAGUGAUGCUGAUCUUUCUGAGAUAAAAAUCCCUGAUGUCCCUGGCGGGGCAGAAGCAUUUGAGCUAGCAGCAAAGUUCUGUUAUGGAAUUAAUUUUGAAAUUAGUACAGAAAACAUUGCCAUGCUUCGGUGUGUGGCAGAGUAUCUAGAGAUGAACGAGGACUAUGCAGUCGGAAAUUUGGUUUCAAGGACUGAAGCGUAUUUGAAUGAAGUGGCACUAAAGAGCCUAGCAGGGGCAGUUUCAGUUUUACACUUCUCAGAAAAUCUCCUCCCGAUGGCAGAGAAAGUGAAAUUGGUAAGCCGGUGCAUAGAUGCAAUAGCACUUACAGCCUGCAAAGAAAGCCAAUUUUCUGUGUCUGGAAGGUCAGAUAGUGGCAAUGAAGUUGUGAUUUGUUCCACUUUGUCUCAACCAAAGCCCAUUGUUGAUUGGUGGGCUGAAGAUUUAACUGUUCUUAGAGUUGAUAUCUUCCAAAGGGUUUUGAUUGCAAUGAUGGGAAGAGGGUUUAAACAGUAUGCUCUUGGUCCUGUACUAAUGCUAUACGCACAGAAAUCUCUGCGCAGUUUGGAAGCAUUUGGGAAGGGAAGGAAAAGAGUAGAGCCACAACAAGAGCAUGAGAAUAGGGUUGUUUUAGAAACAAUAGUGAGUCUUCUACCAAGGGAAAAAAAUGUACUGUCAGUUAGUUUCCUCUCGAUGUUGCUUCGUGCUGCAAUUUAUCUUCAGACAACAGUUGCUUGCCGGCUUGAUUUGGAGAAGAGGAUGGCCUUGCAAUUAGGACAGGCUGCCUUGGAUGAUCUAUUGAUUCCUUCAUAUUCUUUUACAGGGGACACAUUGUUUGAUGUGGACACUGUUCAGCGGAUCGUGAUGAAUUGCCUUGAGAAUGAAGUUGAAGGAAACCGAAUGGGUUACCAUGCUGAUGAUGAAUAUGGUUCUCCUCUGCAAAGUGACAUGGAACGAGUUGGGAAGCUGAUGGAGAACUACCUAUCUGAAAUAGCAUCCGACCGUAACUUAUCAGUUUCAAAGUUUAUUGGUCUUGCUGAAAUUAUUCCAGAGCAAUCAAGGAUAACAGAAGAUGGGAUGUAUAGGGCCAUAGAUAUAUACCUCAAGGCCCAUCCUGCUUUAAGUGACAUGGAGAAGAAGAAAGUCUGCAGUUUGAUGGACUGUCAGAAACUAUCUCGGGAGGCCUGCGCUCAUGCUGCUCAGAAUGAUCGGCUUCCAGUUCAAACUGUGGUUCAAGUGCUUUACUAUGAGCAACAACGCCUUCGGGACGUCAUGAAUGGCAAUUUUAUGGCUGGAGAUUCCUCUGAUCUUCCUCCCAAAGGAAAUAUAUUCUCCACUGACAUCCAUCCUGUUUCUGAUGAGCUCUCCAGCUUACGCAGAGAGAAUGAAGAUCUGAAAAUAGAGCUAGUGAAAAUGAAAAUGAAAAUGAAGGAAAUUGAAAGAGCUACCGUUGUAUCAGCCAUAAACAGUCCAUCUGCUGAUAAACCUCCUCUGCCUCGAAAAUCAUUUAUCAAUUCAGUAUCAAAAAAGCUUGGAAGGAUUAAUCCCUUUGUGCGUGCUGAUGGAUUACCACUCUCCAAUACCAAAGCUCGGACAAAACCAAGCAAAGAUCGACGGCAUUCAAUAUCCUGA